UCAUUUUAUUGCCUUUGUUUAAUAUUUACUUAAAGUUAUAUUUUUCUAUUCUGCCAGACACAUAAUCUACUCUAAAUAAUGGAUUUUAGAAUAUUGGCCUAAAAAUUGAAUAUGACAUUUUGAUUUUUUAACUAAGCUGUGACCCGGAAGUUCACGCGCCGGGACGAAUGGAAACGGAAGAGUGCGGAUGCCGAAGAAUUCAGCGAAUUCAGUCGCGAAACUUCCUUCAAGCAAGCCAUGGAUACAUACACGCUUUUCAAGGGUCCUAAGAGGGUAACUUUAAAGGACGAAGACAUGACAACUGAUAAGAUUGGCCGUAUAUUUCAGGUGUGUAGUUCCAGUGUUUACAUCACAGAUGAUAGCAACAUCGCUAUCUUCGCUGGAGAGAGUGGAUUUUUUAGUAGUGUCGAUCUUGUUGCAAGAGGACACUACGAAGUUCACGGAGAUUCUGCCGAGGUGCAGUCACCGGACUCAAGUGUUCGACCCACUGCUGGAUCUGGGUCUGUGCGCUUUGCAUUUCAGCGACCCAGUGCGGCCGCUGGUUUUGCUUCGCAGGCAUCUUUGUCUGCGCCACGGGCCAGUAUGUCAAAACCUUUUCAACGGAAUGUUUUUCUUGCUGAUCUGGUUUGUGGAAAAUGGACACCCCAGAAGACUGUGGCGAUCCGUUUUCAUGAACAUGAGGCAUCAGUUCCUGGUAUCUUGGCAAAAGUCCAAGAUGCUAUUGGAUCAGAAGAUGGGUCAGCUUACUGGAAACAAAAUUCUAGGAAGGUUUUUGCUGUGCCUGAACAACAGUUCUUGGAUAUGAGAUCCAAAAGGAGAAGAUUAAGCCAACGGGAUGAUGACAGCCAGCUACCAGAGGUCUUAGAAAGAAUUGAAGAGGUGGUGUUGGCAUCCCAAGAACUGCCAGAGGUUGCACAGGCCAUCAGAGGCUUAUCUGAGCUGACGUUGGCACACAGACGUUUUAUUACAUUCACGGACGAAGAACGUGCAGCUAUUAAAAAUGCAUUUGCUUGCAUAAUUUGCAAAGGGCCCAUGAAUGAUCCUGUUUUUGCAGUUUGCUGUCAGAGUCUCAUUGCAUGCAAAGUGUGCUUUGAGCAGUGGCAGUGAAAUGCCAACACCUGUGUGAAAUGCAGAGGAGACAACUCAAGGGAAAACACCUACAGAGUCACAGGAAUUGAUGGUGCAUUGUCUGCUUUUGGUGAUCUUAUCAAAGAUUAAAUACAGUGGGAAUAAAAGCUGUAUACCUGUUACAAGUGUCACACGUUAAGAAGUUCCAUAAUAUGGCACUACUACAGCAGCUCUUUAUUAGUUACUGGUGUUUGUUACACGUUAAGAGUAAAUAUACUCUUGAAUAUACAGUAUAAAUAAAAGUUAUUACUGUUCAGUUAUUAUUGUUCAGUUAUUGACUUAAAAGUGAGAAGCACUACUGGCAGCACUUUUUCUGCUUUAAUCAGAGUAAUUAUAUACAUUAUAUACAAUGUAAGUUAUAUACCAAAUAUCACUGUUUAAGUGUCAAGUUCAACUUUUGAAGUAAAAUGCAGCACUUGGAUAGCACUUUAUUAAAGCUUUAAUGUGACAGUUUUAUACCUCAAAUUACAGCAUUGUUUUAAUACAAUUGAUAAUGCCUAUGUUCAAAAGACUUGCUGUUUAUUUUUGUACUUUGUAAAAUUAUUGUUCACAGAAAUAUGUAAUAAAUGUUGGUUUUAUGA